AUGGCGCCAGAGAAGAUGCAACCACAAGAUCCUUUGGAAGAAAUCGAUCUGGGCAAAGAGGGAGAUAAGAGACCCACAUUCAUCAGCGCCAACAUAGACCCAGAACUCAGGUCACAGGUAAUUCUAUUAUUAAAAGAAUUUAAAGAUUGCUUCGCAUGGGAUUAUAAUGAAAUGCCUGGAUUGAGCAGGGAAUUGGUCGAAUUAAAAUUGCCAAUACAAGCUGGCAAGAAACCAGUAAAGCAAACACCUCUACGUUUUGCGCCAGCAAUAAUGUCGAAGAUAAAGGAAGAGGUCGAACGACAUCUUAAGAUCAAGUUCAUAAGAACUGCAAGGUACGUUGAAUGGUUAGCGAACAUAGUACCAGUUGUGAAAAAGAAUGGGAAGCUAAGGGUAUGCAUUGAUUUUAGAGAUCUAAAUGCUACUACCCCAAAUGAUGAGUAUGCCAUGUCGAUAGCAGAAAUGUUAAUCGAUUCAGCGGCAGCAGGAGAUUUCCUUGGCUUUGUAGUGCAUAAAAAAGGUAUAGAAGUCAACCAAAGCAAGACCAAAGCCAUUAUGGAUAUUAAACCUGCAUCGACAAAGAAAGAACUUCAAUCUUUAAUAGGGAAGGUAAAUUUCUUAAGGAGGUUUAUAUCUAACUUAAGUGGAAAGACGAAGGCGUUCUCACCACUACUUCGACUGAAGAACGAAGACUUCAUCUGGAAAAGUCAGCAUCAAGAGGCUUUCGACAGGAUCAAAGAAUAUCUGACAAAACCUCCAGUAUUGGCACCACUUGUCAGAAGCAGGCCCAUGAGGCUGUACAUUGCAGCCUCGGAAUCGACUAUAGGAAGUAUGUUAGUUCAAGAAAAUGAUAACGGUGUCGAAAGACUGCUGUACUACCUUAGUCGAAUGUUAAAUGAUCCUGAAACUAGGUAUAGUGAUAUAGAAAAACGAUGCCUGUGUCUGUAUUUCUCUUGUAUGAAGUUAAAGCAAUAUAUAAAACCAGUUGAUGUGUAUGUUUCUUUGCAUUCUGAUAUUAUUAAGCACAUGUUGUCUAAACCAAUUUUUCAUAGUCGAAUUGGUAAAUGGGCAUUAGCAUUAACUGAAUAUUCCCUAACAUAUGCUCCUCUGAAAGCAAUGAAAGGGCAAGUGGUAGCAGACUUCCUGGUCGACCAUUCUAUGGUUGAAGUUCCUCAAAAUAAUGUCGACUUGGCACCUUGGAAAUUGUACUUCGAUGGGUCCAGUCACAAAAAUGGAACGGGUAUUGGAGGAAUCAUAAUUUCUCUAGAUGGAAUUCCAGCAGAGUUCAAGUACUCAAUAGCUGGCACGUGUACCAACAAUGAGGCUGAAUAUGAAGCCUUAAUAACUGGACUUGAACUGCUGCUAGAAUUGGGGGCAAGGAAUGUCGAAAUUAUGGGAGAAUCUGAGUUGGUAGUAAAGCAAGUCUCCAAGGAUUACAAAUGCGUUAAAGAAAAUCUAAUCAUGCAAGAAAAUCAAGAAGCCAAUGAUCUAGCUCAAGAGGCGUCAGAAUAUAAGAGAGGCGGCGAUGAAGAGCCUGUUCAGGUGAGAGAAAAAAUUCGAGCAACUGUGCUAUCCCCCUCAGACUUAUCUGUGAUAAAAUUAGGGGUUGUCGACGCCGAAAAUUUCGAGAUUUUUACAGUCGAUAACGGACAGGAAAAUGAUUGGCGUAAACCAUUGGUGGCAUAUUUACGAAACCCUACACGUUCGACAGAUCGGAAAAUCAAGUACAAGGCUCUUAGUUUCGUCUUGUUGGAAAAUGAAAUAUUUAAGAAGACAUCUGAAGGAGUAUUGCUCAAGUGUCUAGGAGAUAGCAAAGCUUAUCUGGCCGUGUCGAAUGUACACAGCGGAGCCUGUGGAGCACAUCAAGCUGGCCAUAAAAUGAAGUGGACUUUAAUGCGUUCGGAAGUUUAUUGGCCCUCGAUGUUAAAAGAUUGCAUAGAGUUCGCAAAAGGAUGUCAAGAGUGUCAGAUGCACGGGGGCAUCCAACACGUCCCUGCAAGCGAAUUGCACGCUAUUGUAAAGUCGUGGCCAUUCAGAGGGUGGGCUUUAGACGUAAUCGGGGAAAUAAAAUCAGCUUCGUCGAAACAGUAG